AUGGCCAUGAAAAGCUGCUUCGUUGAGGUCUGUGGUCGUGAGAUGCACUACACCGAGUGGGGAGCUGACGCGUCCUGGCCGGAUAAGCCUGUACUCAUUAUGUGGCACGGCCUCACGCGGUGUGCCCGAGAUUUCGACAUUCCCGCAAAGUACUACAGUGACAUCUACCGUGUGCUGUGCCCAGAUACUUUGGGGCGUGGCUUGUCUCAAUGGGCCGUCGAGAUGGAGGAAUACUCCGUGCGAAGCUAUGCGAAGCAGGCUGGGGAGUUCGUAAGCAAGACAUGCGGCGAGAACGCUAUCGUCGACUGGUUCGGCACAAGCAUGGGUGGCAUCAUUGCGAUCAAUGCGUGCACCGCAGGCGGUCCACUCGACGGGCGUAUCCGCAAGCUCCUUCUCAAUGACAUCGGCCCGGAGCUGAACCAGGCAGCAAUUCAGGAGAUCGCAAAGAACGCAGGCAACCAGCCGAUCAUGGACAAGUUCACGGACCUCGUCGCCCACCUCCGCCGCAUGUACGAGGUAGCGGUCGGCCCUGCAGAGGGGGAGCUGGACUUUACUCUUAGUACCCAGCAUAUCUACCGGCGCCUGCCGGACGGGCGCUACACGCUGCACUUCGAUCCGCGGAUCGGUACCAUCGUACAGCAGCGUGCCACGCGGCUCGUCAGUGAGAGUGACGAUCCAUGGACGGAAUACGACAAGUGCACGGCGAAGGAGAUCCUCGCUGUCCGCGGGACGAAAUCGAUGCUGCUGCUUGAGGAGGGCCACCAGAAGCUGGCGUCGCGAGGGCUGGCCUGCCCUGUUCGGCUGGUUGAAGUUCCCGACAAGGGCCACGCGCCCCUGUUCGCCACCCCUGAGGAACUUCAACUUUCCGACUCCUUCUUCCGAGACGGUCAAUCUCAAUGCGCCCUACAAUGA